AUUUAGUUUGAAAGGAGAGCAAUCCACAUUUCACUCCCAGUGAAGAGAAUGAUGGCGCUUCCGAGAGGAUGUUUGGCAAAGAUGUUGUCAUACCAUAGUCCAAUGUUUUUGUCCCUCUCUCCUCUUACUCUACAGCCUGCCAACCUUGCACUUCAUCGAACGCAUUCUUUCACACCCUCUGCUUCUCUCUCCAAUUCCCAGACCCCUUCUUUCCACGACCUCCACUUGCACUGGAAACCCUUGUGCUUGUACCAUUGCCAGGGAAAAUGCGCCAAGAUGGAUGAUCCUAUCCACCUUGAGACGUUUAAUCAUGAUUGCUCCAGUGGGCUUAAAGUUGACAAUGCUGAGUUGAACAAAAUACGUCCUCAGAAUCUAGACUAUUUCCUUGUGCUUGAUUUAGAGGGUAGGGUUGAGAUUCUUGAGUUUCCAGUUCUAAUGAUUAGUGCAAAAACAUUGCAAGUUGAAGACAUAUUCCACAGGUUUGUGAGACCCUCAAAAAUGAGUGAACGGAGAAUAAACGAAUACAUUGCAAACAAAUAUGGGAAAUUUGGAGUUCACAGAGUUUGGCAUGACACAGCAAUCCCAUUUACGGAAGUUAUUCAGCAGUUUGGAGUUUGGUUGAUGCAAAAUCAGUUGUGGAUGGGUGCAGAACUUAAUCGAGCAGCAUUUGUAACGUGUGGAAAUUGGGAUUUGAAAACUAAGGUCCUUCAGCAAUGUGAAGUGUCAAAGAUAAAGCUUCCUCCAUAUUUUAUGGAGUGGGUUAAUCUCAAAGAUGUCUAUUUGAACUUUUAUGAUAGGAGGGCCACAGGAAUGGUUACAAUGAUGAAGGAACUGCAAAUACCAUUGAUGGGAAGUCAUCAUCUUGGCAUUGAUGACAGUAUGAACAUAGCAAGAGUACUGCAACGCAUGCUUCUUGAUGGUGCACUCAUUCAGGUUACUGCAAGGAGGAAUCCUAAUUCUCUUCAGAAAGUCAGUUUUCUUUUCAAGAACCGUAUUGUAUAAUCUCCUUUUCAAUGACCUGUUUAACUUUGUUUAAUACUUUUAAUCAUGUAAUUUAUUCAAUGAUCAGAUUAUGGAUUAUAGUUUCAUAACUCUAGUUCAUUCUUACUGACUCUUUGAACCCAGUUAGAUAAAAGAUGAACUAAAAAAAGAUUCUAGAAGCAAAUGUUACAUGUGUGUUACU